UCGAUUUGAACCAAUCAGGUUAAAGCAAACCAAAUGCUUCCAUUUGAUUGGCGGUUGAAACGCUUAUAUCAAGCGCCAUCUUUGAAUAUCGGUCUUUUACGAUUUGACGUUUCGUUCAGUAACACGGAAAGGAACUAAACCAAAAAUGUCCGACGUAGAGGAAACGCCCGUGGCUCCGGUCCCAGUCUCUGGGGGGCCCAUGGACGUCAAUCAAGCCCUACAAGAAGUUCUUAAGACCGCCCUGAUCCAUGACGGAGUCGUACAUGGAUUACAUGAAGCAGCCAAAGCUUUGGACAAAAGACAAGCUGUGUUAUGUGUUUUGGCCGAGAACUGUGAUGAGCCCAAAUACAAACAGCUUGUGCAGGCCUUGUGUGCUGAACACCAAAUCCAACUGAUCAAGGUGGACAACAACAAGAAACUGGGCGAAUGGUCUGGACUGUGUAAAAUUGAUAACACUGGAAAGGCGAGGAAGGUUGUUGGCAGUUCCUGUGUUGUUAUUAGGGAUUAUGGUGAAGAGUCUCCUGCCCUAGAUGUGCUGAAAGAGUACCUUAAAAAUACUAAAUAAAUAGGUUUAAAUUUAUGUUUUAAAUAAAAGACCAAAAAGAAA